CUGGACGCCGCCGGACCCCGCCAGGGAAAAGAAGGCUUGGUGGCUCGUGCGUAACUUUUCGACGCAGAUGUGUGCGUGCGCUCCGCUUCGAUUCAAGCAGGCAUCAUCGAUGGAGAGGGAAAGAUCGAGAUUCAUGUGUGACAGUAUCUUACAUGUGGUUGCUGUGAUUGUGUCAAUUCUUCCCUUGCUUCACUGGUCGCUACGCAGGCAUUGCUCGUGCUUCCUCUUUGACAGAUGUAAGAGAAGACACGGACGUCUCGGAGGGGCCCUUCCCUUCGAGAGGCAGAAGACAUUCGCAUUCCGUUCAUGCUCGUCUUUGCUGUUCCCUGCUGCGCACUAUAUAAGAGAUGUCUCAUGGCAACGGUUCAAUAGUAUAGAACGGAUCCCGGCCAUAAUGACGGCUCUGGAAGCUGGAAGCUGGAAGCAAACCACACUCCCACUGUCCAGCAAAUUGCCCAAGAGCCGGCCAGCUCAGUAUGGUCCUGCAUAUUUAGCCUUCUUGGCUCUCCCACAUGUACUCAACACAAUGGCGACAACGAGCUGCACGCCCUCCUAGCCGUAUCAGUAGGAGUAGUGCAGCUAAUCAAGGGAGGCCGAAGCCUUCCCAC